CGCGCUGCUGCAGCGCUGAUGAUGCAUGUUCGUUUGCUUGCAGUGCUAUGCAUGCUGUACGUGUGUUCUGCAAAUGGCUGAGAAUUUCUCGAGGAACCUGAAGCCCAGACGUUUUAGUGAACUUCCCGUCUGGGUUGUAGAGGAUCACAAUGAUGUUCUUCCUUACAUCUACCGGGCCAUUGCUUCACGCCAUCUACCCUUCCAAGGAAUUGCCAUGCUUCACUUUGAUUCCCACCCAGACUUACAGAUAGCAACUGAGAUGGAUGCUGAUACGGUUUUUGAUAAGUUUGAAUUAUUCAGUUCCCUUAGCAUUGAGAACUGGAUCCUACCUGCUGUUUACGCUGGACAUGUCCAUCAUGUGGUGUGGAUCAAGCCACCCUGGUCAGACCAGUUGCCUGAGAGCAGCAGAGAAGUUUCCAUUGGGAAGCAUUGCAAGUCAAAGAAACUCAGGAUCAACUGGCCCGACAGUUACUUCUUGAGUGAUCUUCUGUAUGCUCCUGAAGAAGACUUGGAACAUACUAAGAAACUACAAGUGGAUGUGGUUACCAUGGGAACAGACCUGCUACCAACAGAUCCAAAAACAUCAAUCUUAGGUGAUCCGAGCCAUAUCAGUGAUGUAACAAAUAAAAGAACAAAAUAUCCAGUUGACUUUUCCAGAGUCACUACAGACAGUCAGGUUCCUCAGGUAAAAGGUCAGUGUCCAUUGAGUAAGUGCUCAAGUUGUGGUCAGAUGUCAUCCGUUAAUGAUACCCCGGUAAAAAGUCAAUCUGAAGAUACCUCAUUACAGAUUAAAGAACAAAAGUGCAAGAACUGUAUCACAGAACCUACAGGUGGAAACAGUGAAGAAGUGUCAAACAAGACCAAAAGGAAGCGGAGCUGGGUGACACAUCAGGCUUCUCCAUCAGGAUAUCUAAGUGAAAUUUACAAUAUCACAAAUGCAGCCCUGGAGAAAAGUGCUGGAACUGUGUUGGACAUUGAUCUAGAUUUCUUCUCAACAAGGAACCCUUUCAAGGAUAUUUAUUCAGAGUCCCAAUUUCAUCUGCUGGAGCAUUUGUAUCGUUUUGAUGGACCUGUUGACAACAGCCAAGCAGCCCUGACAGAAUGCAUGUUGAAGAGAGCUGACCAGCUCAGUCAGUUGGAAACUGCGCUCAAGUCAGUUGUUGGGUAUCAAGAAAAAGUUGACUCAGUGUGUCUGGAAAGGUUCCAAAAAGUGCAAUCUCUUGUGGAGUCACUACGAGUGGCUAGCAACAAUGAUAAAGCCCUAGAUGCAGAGAUGAUCCACAUGGCAGGCCUGACAUGUGAUGACAAUGGUGAGCUACCUCAUCAUGUCAGCAGUGAGGAGGAAAUUGAUAGCCUUGUGGCUACCAUGCAGACACUGUUGUCGUGGUUACCCAGGCCAGUGAUGGUGACAGUUGCUAGAUCUUCCCACGAUGAUUAUUGCCCACCAGAGCAAGUGGACCAAAUCCAACAUAAGGUUCUUCAAAUGCUGCAAAAUGUCUAUGGGAAAAUUGAUGUACAUAUGGAUUACAAAAAUUAUGAUGAGAACUCAGAGAAGACAUGAAAAGUACAGUACUGAAAACUAUUUGGUUAAACAUUCAUAUCGGUUGCCUCUGGUGACACCUAUCUGGUCACACACACCCUUUCAAAUCUCAUCAUGGGUGUCGUAGGGGGUUCUUGCCCUCCUGAAAAGAACUUGGAAACUAAGAAAAAAGACAUGAAGAUGAAAUGGGAUGAAAAUGACCAAUUUACGUGAAAAAAAUAAAACCCUUGAAAUUUACCCUUCCAGUUGUUUAGUUUUAACUGAUGAGUCCUUUGCAGUUUGCACACCCCACACCCAGAAAAAUUUGGCAAUGCCUAUGAAUUCCAUGUUUCUGGUCAGGAUAGUGUAAAGCAACAUGAUCAGUGCAUUCAUUAAAUCAAUGUUGACCUUCAGAUUAACAUGAUUCAGUCCCUGAAUCCUUCAUCAAUUAGCAGUUGUCAUCUGUAAAGCUGUAAAAAAAUUCAACAACCAGGGCACAUUAGGUCUAGUUGAUUAAAAAUGCUGUCAAUUUCAAACAGUCACAAUCAUUUGAAAAGAACUUCGGUAUUUCUGUAUUUAUUAAAGUUUAAAUCUAGUGUUUAAAGUUUCCGGAAAAAACUAAACAUGACGUAAGAA